AGGGAGAAAGCUGUGCUGAAGGCAGAGGGAGUUCACUGCCGUUUUUCCUGACAUCACAAACAACUCAUCUUCCAGAGAGAGGAUUUUUCUUUCUUUUAUGUGUUUUUUUCCAACUUUUUUAUCGUGUCUGUGGAUUUAAUGGACCUUGAACUAUAACUCUUACUGAGGAUCGAAGAUAUUAAUGCAGAGAGACUUUUUUUUUGCACUAUAUGAAUAGGUCUAUUCUUUUUUCAAGGUACAUUUACCAGAUUUACAAUUAAUCUAUAGUUCGGUUUUCAGCCGUGUGAGGAUACUCUGUCUGCCUGUGCCAUGGGCUAUACAGGGGCGCUACUUAUUCUGGGGUUACUGUGUAUUCUGAGGACUGCUGCCUUUAAGUGUGCCAGGGGCUUCGAGGCAGAAAAUGGUGUUUGUACUGAUCAGGAUGAGUGUCAAGAGGACCCUAACCGAUGUGUGGGAAACGCAAUCUGCUUCAACACCAAUGGGAGCUACUACUGUCAGUGCCACAGUGGGUUUACGAACGUUCAAGGGUCAACCAACUUCACCGGCACAAAUGGACAAUGCCAAGACAUAAAUGAGUGUGUAGAGGACAAAGAGAUCUGUGGCUCCACGGCCGACUGUGUCAAUGCGAUUGGGAACUACAGCUGCAUCUGCAUGCCAGGCUACACAAACUUCAGUGAUAUCAAUCGCAACUGCACAGACAUAGAUGAAUGCAAAGAACACGAACAAAAUAUUUGUGGAAUGAGAGGAACUUGUGAAAACCGUGUGGGGAGCUACUGGUGCGAGUGUCCAGCUGGCUACACCAACUAUGGCAACAGAGGGACUCCGUGCUCAGAGCUGAACUGCGACAACUUCAAAGAAAAUAGCGCAUCUGCAGAGUCUCUUGCAGGCCUGGCAGAUAUCUUUUCUCUGAUGAGGAGCAGCUGUUUGGCUCUGUCUAACCCUAACUCAACUGGAGCAGAGGAGCCAAUGGGAGAAAUGCUACUGGAGAACUUGCUGACAGCAACCGAAACCAUCCUGUCCACCGGUCACCCGAUCAGUGGAGACAACGUGAACAAGCUGCUCGGUGCAGUGGAAGAUGCCAUGAGGCUCAUUGGUCCCCAACUCAGAAAAAACGACAGCAGCAUGGGGACGCCUGAGACAGUAGAGAUGAAGUUUGCUGUACACAAGGGGCAGACUCCCCCCACUGGACCGAUCCACCUGACCACGGAGGCUGUGAAACUGGACACUGACUGGACAACAGCCGCCGGGAAUGGAACAUACCCCGGGUUUGCCGUUGCUGCAUUAGUGAGCUACAACAACCUUGAGAGCUCCGUUAACCAGUCAUUUGAGCACCUCAAAGGAUACCAAAAAGAUGGUGUAAAAGCCUCAUUCCAAGUCUUCUCGAAAGUGGUGUCUGUUGUGGUUUCCAACCCAUCCACACAGAGCCUGGACUCGCCUGUCAAACUUACUUUCAGGCACCUCGAGGAGAGGAUGGAGUCUCCUCGGGUGAACUACACCUGUGCGUACUGGAAGGUGGGACCUGAUGGACAGGAGGAGGGAGGGACCUGGUCCACAGAUGGUUGUUAUAAGGAGCGUACCACCGCCACACACACUGUGUGUAGUUGUGAACAUCUGAGCAGUUUUGCUGUGCUCAUGGCCCUCUACCCCAUGAAGCACACCUUUGGGCUUUUGCUGGCAACCAAGUUGGGCCUGAUCAUCUCCCUGCUGUGUCUGGUCGCCUGCAUCCUGACCUUCAAGUUCUGCCGCUCAAUACAAGGGACACGCACCACCAUCCACCUGCACCUCUGCAUCUGCCUUUUCAUGGCUGACCUCGUGUUCCUCACUGCCAUUUCACAAACUAAACCCGAGGGUGGCUGCAGGUUCGCCGCAGCAUUGCUCCAUUACUUCUUCUUGGGAGUGUUUGGCUGGAUGCUGUUAGAAGGGGUGCAGCUGUACCGCAUGGUGGUCCUGGUGUUCAAUGCCACCAUCCAACCCCUCUACCUAUACGCUUUUGGCUAUGGGAUGCCCCUCAUCAUAGUAAUUAUAUCUGUCAUCAGCAGACCAAAAGGAUACGGCACUGAUGAACACUGCUGGCUGUCUCUCAAAGACGGCCUCAUCUGGAGCUUCUACGGCCCUGUGUGUCUCAUCAUCAUUGUCAAUGUCUUCUUCUUCAUCGUCACCGUCUGGAAGCUCGCCCAGAAGUUCUCCAGCCUCAACCCAGACCUCACCAAGCUGCACAAAAUUAAAGCCUUCACAGUGACAGCAAUAGCCCAGAUGUGUGUGCUGGGCCUAAUGUGGGUAUUUGGGGCCUUCUUGUUUCAAGAAGAAGGCACUUUAGUACCAGCGUACUUCUUCACUAUCCUCAACAGCCUGCAGGGAGCGCUGCUCUUCAUCAUGCACUGCUUACUGUCCAAGCAGGUGAGAGAGGAGUACGCCAAUUUCUUCCCUUGCAUCUGUACACAACCGAAGAGGAAAUACUCCGAGUUCAGCAGUACCAAUCCUUCUAGCAGUCAGUCACAGGGAUCUCGAAGUGCACAGCUCACAGGGGAAUCCCAAAUGUGAAGAGCUCUAUCUCUACCUCUACCUGCAAGACAGACCUGCCCACCUUGGUCCAUCCAGCCCUGAAUUUAAAGCAGUGGCUCACCAAAAAAAAGAAAAUUCAGUCAUUAUCUUUUCACCCCCUUGUGUCAUUUGCCACUCCACUGAGCAUGCUGGGACCACUAAAUAUAAUUCAGUUUCCUAUUACAGCUGAAUUUCAUAGGACCACCUUUUUACAGCUCCAAAAAAAAAAAAAAAAAAAAAGAAAAAGAAAGGAAAAAGGAAAAACAGAAAA